CGCAACAGCAGCAUCAGCUCAGCGCGGUGCUCUCCCCGCCAAUUAAGCUCGUCCAGUGAGCAGCAGCAAGAGAGCCUCGUCCCAUUCCCACCCCGUUGCUCUGACUGCUCCGCCGUGCGUGCGUUACCCGCGCUCGAGACAAGGCGUUGUCUCACUCUCAUCAUCCGUGCAGUGCUGGACGAUCGCUUCCUGUCCCGUCUCGGCUUCUCGCCUCUUCGGCGGCAGCGGGGCAUCGAUUGCCAUGGACGCGCCCUUCUUCCACGAGCUCAGGCGGCAGGCCUCCUCCUACCUGACCGGCAAGAUCCGCUCCGCGCGGCUGGCGCUCACCGACGUCACCCCGACGCAGCUCUUGACGGAGGAGGCGACGAACGGGGACGCGUCGCCGCCGAACGUCAGGACGAUGGGGCGCAUAGCCCGGCAGGCGUUCGACGUCGACGAGUACGUCAGGAUCACGGGCGUCCUGCACGGGCGCCUCGCGAGCUUCGACCGCAGGCAGUGGCGGGAGGCGUACAAGGCGCUGCUCCUCCUCGAGCACCUCCUCACGCACGGGCCCCGCAGCGUCGCGGCGGAGUUCCACAAGGACAGGGAGGCCAUCGACCGGAUGGCCACCUUCCAACACGUCGACGAGAAAGGCUUCAACUGGGGCCUGACGGUGAGGAGCAAGUCGGAGCGCGUGCUCAAGCUGCUGGAGCGCGGCCCGUUCCUGGAGGAGGAGCGCGAGCGGGCGCGCAAGAUCGCGCGCGAGAUCACGGGCUUCGGCAGCUUCAGCCUCAGCGCAGGCGCCUCCCACCACGCCGUGUCGCAGUCGCAGCCACCCGGUGACGACGGGAACCGCGGCGACGGCCGGAGCAGCUCCAAGCGCGAGGAGCGGCAGAGGCACGACGACGGCGGCCGAUUCGGGCGGAGCCACUCGCAGUUCGAGGAGCGGUGGUGGAAGCACAAGGACGGUGACGACGGCGACAAGGAGAAUCUGAUACAGAGCCCGGAGCCGACAGCACGGGUCGCGCCGCGGGAAGUGGAUGCGGAGGCGGAGGAGGAGGAGCUGCACCACCACCAGCUCCAUCCGUUCCACGGGUUGGGGCAAAAACAGCGGCCGGAGGCGACGCUGCUCCUGAGCCAGUGACGGGAUCAGUCGGUUCGUGUCAUGGUGACGUGAAAAGAACCGUGUGCUUUUCUCCCUUCCUCCAAGGCUGCAGGGUCAGUAUUUUACUGACACUGCUUGGUGCAUCAGGCAUCUCAUGCGCCAUGAAUGGCCGCUUGCUUGGCCUCGUAAAAUUUCUUUCCUUCAGUUCGGAACUUCGGAUGCCAGAAUGUACUAGAGACCACCACAUACAGGCAUGUCUCAAGCUUCCAGUAACUCUCUAGAAACCACGUAUUCUAGGAGUGCGAGAAUGGGAUCCUCCUGCCCAAGUGCAGCUGUGCUAAUCUUUUACUCUGAACCUGUGAACCAUCUACUGAAGGAAAGCAAAAGGCAGUAGUUAUUCC